UCGUGACGUCAUCAUGCUGUUUCCAGUGGUUUUGAUCGUCUUGGUGGGUGGAGCCGUCUCACAGAUCACCACGGGUGCUCCCCACACGCACAAACCUGCUCCUGAUCUGGAGUCAGCGCUAGGCAGGAGGGCUCACUUCUCUAUGAUUUUGGACCUUCUCAGAACGACAGGUCUCCUGACCCAGCUGAAAGCACUCCCACAGGUGACUCUGUUCGCCCCCACAAACGCCGCUCUGUCCAGCAUUCCUAACGACGAAUACCAGGACCUGAAGGCGGACGUCCCGAGACUGACGUCACUCCUCAAGUACCAUGUGACCACAGACCAGGCUUUUCACACAACUGGGCGAGCUAACGACGUGGUCUUCAACUCUCUGGACAACAACCUGCCCAUCAGAAUUAACAUCUACAAGAUCGUUCACACCAUUGCCGCGGAGGGAGUGAACAUCACAGACAAAGACAUUAGAGUUGCCAACGGUUUCGUCCAGGGUAUUGAUAACGUCAUGCAACCACCUAACGGAGACGUUGUGGACAUCAUAAACAACAUGGACAAUACAAAGAUGCUCGCUGGCCUCAUCAACUCGGCGGGACUUGAAUCUGCUAUAAGAGCUGACCUUAACAUCACCGUGUUCGCCCCAACAAACGAUGCCUUUGCCAAGCUGGACCCACAGGUUUUGACCUACCUGCAGAACAACCCGAAGGCGCUGACAGAGGUGCUGCUGUAUCACGUGGUGAAGAAGACUACGCUGUACAGUAUCGGGAUGAGACACGCCAUGACGUUCCAGACCGCUGACAAACACCACGACAACCUCAUGCUUAUUGAGGGCAACAACGACGACAUCUACCUGAACCACGCCAAGGUAGACGACCGUGACAUCAGCGCCACCAACGGAGUCAUCCACACCAUCGAGGAUGUGUUAGUUCCUACAACUGUUCUGGUCGCCAUCGAAGAUCAGGGUCUGCUCGUCGGGUAGAUCUUAUUGGCAAAUGAGAGAAAAGUAAUAAACAUAGAAAAAUUGAA